AUGCCAAAUUUACGUCAAUUGACGGUUCAUAUGAAAGACGAGGCUUGCAUCGAUGGACACCAAUGGGAACAUAUUAUUCGCAAUUAUUUACCCAAGCUCAAGCGGUUUAAAUUCAACAUGGAAAUUAAAUCAAUUAGCAACAAGGAACAAGAAGUCGAUAGACUACUCGACUCAUUUCGAAAUCGAUUUUGGCUCGAGGAACACUGUUGGUUUGUUCGAUGCCAUUGGAAUCUAGACGGUAACGAGAUUAAGUUGUGUACUUUGCCGUAUGCUUUCGACUAUUUUUGUUCUGAUUUUCCUCUCAUAUCUAAAUCGACUCAUCCUCGUGGUGAAAAUUAUUCGUCGUAUGAUUGA